UAAGGGCACGUGACGGAUGGGUAUAAGAAUGAACACAGAUGGAGUCGGACGCGGCAACCUGACUCACGAUUAACACCCAUCGCAUCUCGUAUCUACCAUGUCCCAGCUACCCCUGCCAGAGGGUUGGAUUCAGGAGUACGAUCCCCAGCAGAAGCACCCAUUUUGGGUAGAUACCAAAGCAAAGCCACCCCGAGCUAUAUGGGUGCACCCCUACGAAGACGAACAGUUCCUAUCUGAGAACCCGGAUAUCAAGGCCAAAGUAGAGAAGCUGCAAGGAGCAACGUUGGCGGAACCCCCUCCGUAUGAACAGCGGAGGCAUUCAUUCAGCGGUGGAGAGCCCGAUGUUGUUCCAUUUCGCAGUGACGCCAAGUCUUCCAAGGAGAAAAAGUCUUCCAAUAACGCAAAGGCUUCUGGUAGCGCAUCCACGCCAUCAAUCGACGAGCACCAUGAUGAUGAACGAAAGCGCGGGAUGUUCGGCAAGUUGAAAGACAAGGCGAUUGGAACGAAGGAAGAGCGGGAGGCGCACAAGAAACUGAAGGCUGAAGAACGUGCACGAGAGGAAGAGCAGCGGGAGGCACACAGGAAACUGAGGGCUGAACAACGUGCGCGAGAGGAAGAGCAGCUUCGGGAGGCGCGGAGACGAAACUUGGAGGAACGUGCUGCGUACAUGCAACAGCAUGGUGGAAAUGUGCCGUACGGUGGUUACGGUGGUUACUCUGGGGCAGGCUACUCGGGCUAUAGCCAAUAUGGCCCACCUGCGGGAGACCCGUAUGCAUACAAUAAUCGACGUCGGACGGGAGGCGGAGGACUGGGAGGUGGGAUGGCGUUACCGUUGUUAGGAGGAUUAGCAGGUGGCCUCCUCCUCGGAGACAUGUUAAGUGGUGGAUUUGACGGAGGCUUUGGUGGUGGUGGUGGGUUUGACGGAGGUUUUGGCGGUGGUGGUUUCUUCUGAAUUGCUUAUAAUACCUUGUACAGUCCCUGCGUUAUCUUUAUACCCAAAGAAUGUUUCAGCUAGUAGUAGUCAUGUAUAAUUAAUUGGAGUCCAACUUUUA